UCUCCCAUUGGCUGAUAAGCCAACGGCUGUUUCGAAUCCGAACUUUUUGUUUACUGUAGAAACUUUCAAAUCAAAAUGUUGUAUAUGUAUAUUUCGCCGAUUUGCACGUCUAGACCUGUGAUUAGUGAGAUGCAUGCUUUUAUUACUGUUUGAGGAGCAUAUAAUGUUCCAACCUCUAAACCAGAAGCGUCUGACUGGUGACUGAAGACCUCAUUUAAAUCAUACUUCUGUGAUUGCCAUUAUCUUGGAUUUUACAACGCUUUGGAGUUUCAAAAUGGAUGACAACAAAGAAAACAAAUUACUCCGUGUAGGUUCUAUAGCCGAAGUGAAUCAAAGGACAAAUACAACCCAUUCUCGUAAACGAUGGUCACAACCUGAAGCUCCAUUCUACCCUAAAGUCUCUGCAACACACCAAUCAAGCGACUCGAGGCCAGCAGUUCUUAUCAGAUGUCAGUCAAGUAAUAUUUUGAAAAGAAAUUCAAAUCUGGUUUUACCUCCUCCGCCACUGAUCAAAAGCAGCAGUUUGCGUAAAAGUAAUUCCAGGAGUUUGGAUCAUGUCAUUUCCCUUGAAAAUUCGAGGAUUGAUGGUGCCAAAAAUUCAAAUGCCAGAAAUGAUAAAUCCGUUGAUUCCAGAAAUACCAAUGUAAUGAGAGGUUUUUCUCUUUCUACUUCAGACCUUUCAAAACAAAGACACUCACAACAGGCAUAUUAUUUACCUAAAGAUGGAAGUUAUCAGUCUGUAAUGUUGAAGAAAACUCCAAGCAAAUCUCAAUCUUGCCUAGCAAGUAAUUCUGCUCCAAUGACUUCAGCAUUUCAAGGAAAGGAAUUGUUUCAAUGCAUGCAAAAUCAUUUAUCAAAAUCAAUUGACAGUCACAGCAGAAACUGGCCCUUGUCGUUGAAGAGACCUUCCAUGGAGAAGUCUGGAAAAUCAAUACCGACGAAGGUAUCACAGUGCAUUAAAAAUAAUGGUCCCCUCAGAGCUGAUACUCUUCAUGAUAAAGUGCACUAUUCUUCUAAUUCAACCCCCUCCCAUUUAAACUUUAGACGCUCUUUUAACCUUGAACUUACCAAAAACGAACCUUUGGAACAGUCUGACAGCACUCGAAAUAAAGUCAUCCAACAUUUUCUCACAAGCGCUUCUCUCUCAAGAUCUAGACAAUCAAGAGACUUUGAGACCGAAAAACUCGCCAACAUCGAAUCUGUUCAAAAAUCUAACAAAAUUGAAAGUGGAGUGUGUCGUCGAUAUAGAUCCAGUCCCUACCUUAGUGGGGUCAAACCAUUAAAUGCCUCUAAAACCUUAGAAUCUUCUAAAAAUGGCUCACUCAAGAAAAUUGAUGGCUCCCCUAAAACGGGUCGCUAUCCCUUAACAAAAAGCUCCUCCUCCUCCAAAAUUUCACAAUCAAGUCGUGCUGGAACACCAGAAAUCAGAAAUAAUGCUCACCUCAUGAGGUCCAAUGUCUCUCAAAAUCAGACUCUAAAUCAUCAUCCUAAAAAUUCAUCUCUUUCCACAUGUGGACAAUCUAAUACUCUUAAAUCCCGCGGAAGUGAUGGGUUUUCUAAAUCUGAUGGCACUCAAAACAAAAGCUGCUUAAAUUCUGCGGGUCGUAAAUCUUUCAGUUUUGAGACAUCAUCUUCAUUGAAAAAUGGUUUGUCUACAAAAUCUAAUAAUGUUCCUUCUAGGACUACUACUUCAUUUGAUUCUACUGGUCAAAAGAUUGCCAGCUCAAGAACAUCCCCUUUAAUUAAGAAUGGUUCAAAAUCUGACAACAUGCUAUGUAAGACUGUCACUGCAACCGCUAGUCGAAAAUCUGUUAGCUCUGUGGCAUCACCAUUAAUGAAGAAAGGUCUGCUAGAAAAAUCUGAUAAUGUUCCAUGCAAGACCGUCAGCGCAAUUGCUAGUCGGAAAUCUGUUAGCUCUGUGGCAUCACCGUUAAUAAAGAAAGGCCUGCUAGAAAAAUCUGAUAAUGUUCCAUGCAAAACUGUCAGCGCAAUUGCUAGUCGAAAAUCUGUUAGCUCUGUGGCAUCACCGUUAGUGAAGAAAGGCCUGCUAGAAAAAUCUGAUAAUGUUCCGUGCAAGACUGUCACUGCAACUGCUAUUCAAAAAUCUGUCAGCUCUGCGACAUCACCUUUAAUUAAGAAAAGUUUGUUCGGAAAGUCUGAUAAUGAUCAAUGCAAGGCUGUCACUGCAACCACUGGUCGAAAAUCUGCUAUUUCUGGAACAUCGUCAUCAAUGAAAAAAGUUUCGUCGCCAAAAAUUGAUAAUGUUUCAUGCAGGGCUGUUACAGCAGCUGUUGGUCGAAAAUCUAUCAAUUCUGGAGUAUCACCCUCGAUUAAAAACGUUUUGUCAGCAAAAUCUGAUGUUGUUCCUUCUAGGGCUGUCACACCAACUGCUACUACAAAACCUUUCAGUAGUAAAGAACUCCAUGACUCAUCCAAAAACACCCCUACCAAACUGAGCAGUAAACAAAUUUUAAAUCACAAAGACUCAAUGGUAAAUUCACCUUGCAAACCCAGAAUGUCUGGCACCAUGGAACUAACAGGAACCUCUACCGAUCACAAUCUGACAAAAGUGUCGGUAGUUCCCAAUAAUCUUGAAAAAAAUGAGUUUAACAAGGGAGAAACUAAGACAAGAUGCCAAGUUUUGGACUCAACUCUUACCUUAAGUCAAUCAGCUGACAUUCAUACUGUUUCAAAAUCUACUGAAAUAUCUGCUGAAACUAAAAUGAAAACAAUUUCUGAAAAGCACACAGCAGAAAAGGAAACAACCUCAACUCAAGACGCUGUGAAUGAAACUGGUCAUGAAUGUGUGGAGGAAAAAACCAUCGAAUCUAAAGAAGCUGCUAAAGGUCAUUUGAAGUCAAGCGGAGACAUGGGUCUCCUCAGUAUUGGAGCCAAUGAUGAUAGGCAAAAGUGGGUUCUACAAGACUUUGAUAUUGGUCGUGCUCUCGGAAAAGGAAAAUUUGGAAGUGUUUACCUAGCUCGAGAAAAGAAAUCCAAAUACAUCGUAGCGCUAAAGGUCUUAUUCAAGAGUCAAAUAUUUGAAGCCAAUUUUGAGUAUCAACUGAAAAGAGAAAUAGAAAUACAAACUCAUUUACGGCAUCCAAACAUUUUAAAAAUGUUCGGGUAUUUUCAUGAUGACAAAAGAGUUUAUAUGAUCUUGGAGUUUGCACCCAAAGGAGAAUUAUUUAAGGAAAUGAAAUCACAGGAAAAUGGGAGGUUCUCGGAAGAAAGAACAGCCAACUAUGUCUCCCAGUUAGCAUCUGCUCUUCAGUACUGUCAUGAGAGGAAUGUAAUACAUCGUGAUAUCAAAUUAGAAAACUUGCUUCUUGGUGCCAAAGGGGAAUUGAAAAUAGCUGACUUUGGUUGGUCAGUUCAUACUCCCUCCUCAAAGAGGAACACACUGUGUGGAACUUUGGAUUAUUUACCACCUGAAAUGAUCCUUGGGCUGGAGCAUGAUGAAAAAGUGGAUAUCUGGAGUUUGGGUGUAUUGUGCUUUGAGUGUCUUACCGGUAAACCGCCAUUUGAGGCUGCUGAAUAUGCUGAAACGUACCGGAGGAUCAAGAAUGCAAUCGUAAUUUAUCCUCCGUAUAUUUCUGCGCUGGCUCGUGACCUCAUUUCAAAGUUGUUACGAGUUCAACCCUCUGAACGCCUGUCUCUACCAAAAAUUUUAACUCAUGAAUGGAUCAUUAAACAUACUUCGUCAAAGAAUAAUGAACCUAUUGCAGCUUAAAAGUGUUGAAAUCUUCUUAGGGCUUCUGUCUUCCAGCUUCUGUCAUCAAGUACUUUCAAGGAUCACAAUCUUUAAGGUUUAAAUUUGAAUUAAUGCUUGUAAGGCUUUUUCCUUCAUUUGAAAGGCUGACAUUAUUUUGAAGAAGCUUAAAAUAUUCCUCCUGUUUCCUGUCCUUCUCAUCAUGCUGUACAUACUGUGCUUUUUUGGUACCAGACAUGAUACCGUUUCAAAAUUUCAUUCAGGACACUGUUUAACUGGAUUCAAUUGCAUCUGAUUGGUCUGAGAAAGAGGUAAAGUCAAGAAGCUCAGUGUAUGAAGAAGCAAACCAUAGUAAUGGUUACUGUUUCUCAAGGACGUACAAAUGAUUCUUGAAGUACCACUCAGACAAAUAAAAAAAAUUUAUCCUCGCAUAUGGACCAAGUAGAAAUGUUUUGGACAAAAUUUUUAUACAAUUCUAUUUUUAUUACCUUAAUUAGUUAUGAAUAAUGAUUGUUAUCUGAUGCAGAAUACGCAGUUUGUAAACCUGCACAAUAUUGCAUUGUCAUAGUGUAAUUUUGAGCAUUUUAGAAAGGAUAGUCUCGUUUUUUGAGAUAUUGUCUCAGACUCAGAAUCCAACUCUCUGGUCAUUUCAAUGGUUGGUCAUGAACUAAUAAAAAAAUCAGUAUUACUUAGAGAUAUAGAUUUCUCUAAAACAUUAUUUGUGAAUUAGACGUAUGGUUAUUGCAGGAAAACAUUUUCCUGAAGUUGAAUGAUUUUUUUCUCAUAAGAAUGUAUUUGCUUGUUCUUUGCCCUAGGAACUUCAAAAGACAUCAUUUUUCUUUGAAAUAUAUGAUUCAUUCUUGUGCAUGAAAAUUAUUUACCAUUUUGAAUGAAAAACUUGUGAUGGAGACUUUUGUAUUAAUUUUAUUAUUUAACAUUAAUUCUUUGCAAAAUGAAACUUGAACAUUUUCAGUAUUCAAAAAUAUAAAAAAGAUAUUUCAAUGAGUGAGUAUCACCGGAGCAUGAUUUAAAGAUUUGCUCUAAUCGAUCGUUCAAGCGGUUAACAUUUAUCAUAAAUCGUUUUAAGAAACAGUUCCAAGUCUUUGUCAUGAAUGUGAAUCUUACGCUUUUCCUAAUGAGCUAUUUAAUUGUGCUGAAUUUUAUGUGGAAUGAGCUGCCAUUACUGGCUUUCUAUGCAUUAUAGGAUCAAUUAAGUUUUCUAAAAGAUGUCUCUUCCUCUUACAUCAAUAGAAAGUUUGCUCUUUGAUACAUGGAGAGAGUGAUUCAACAUGCUCCUCAAAAGGUGCUUGGACUCUUCUUUUUUUCUUUUGAAGAUUUUAACCAUCAAAUUACGAUCUGUGCCUCUUGUAAUGGAUGCAAUGUCUUUUAACUUUAACAAGACCUUUCUUAAUGAGAAAGUUUUUCAUUAAAUUGCUUCUGCUUAUCAAUUGUAUUGAUAUUGUUUGUAAUUAUUGAAUAGUUAAUUUUCAGUACAUUUUUUAACAAAAAAAAA